GCAACAAUCUUCUUUUCUUGUUAAAACCUCUUCUUACAAUAUUUGUAGCAACUCUUUAAGCAAAAAUGAAGGCAGGUGCACUUGAACUUGGUCAUGCUUCCAAGGUUACAGCUACAGUUCCACAAAGAGGGGUGAAUAGAGGAAUGUCUAUACUUGACUUAUUUCUAAGGAUAAUCGCCAUAAUUGCCACCUUAGGAAGUGCCAUUGCUAUGGGAACUACUAAUGAAACACUACCAUUUUUCACUCAGUUUAUUCGUUUCAGGGCCAAGUAUAGCGAUCUUCCCACAUUCACGUUCUUUGUGGUGGCAAAUGCAAUAGUAAGUGCAUAUCUGGUACUUUCUCUGGGGAUGUCCAUCUUCCACAUCAUGAGGAGUAGAGCACAAGCAAGCAGGAUUGCCUUAAUAUUCUUUGAUGCGGCAAUGCUGGCGCUAUUGACAGCGGGAGCAUCAGCAUCAGCAGCAAUAGUGUACUUAGCACACAAAGGAAAUACAAAGGCAAACUGGUUUCCAAUCUGCCAACAAUACGACUCCUUUUGCCAUCGUACUUCUGGAUCCUUAGUUGGUUCCUUUAUAGGAAUUAUAAUCUUCAUACUCUUAGUCUUGUUCUCUGCUGUCGCCCUUUCUCGUCGUUGAUUAAUUUAAUUUCUUCUUUUCAGUCCCCACGGUUUGAGAUAAUAUUGGAUAUGUUAUAUGUUGUUUGCUGAACUGUAUGUAUCAUUUAGCUUGUGGGUUUUAAUGUGUGCUCCAGCUUGUGGGUUUUAAUGUGUGCUCCUAGGUAUGUUUUUCAAGAUUUGAGUUUAUUUACUUACCUUGUAUCUCUCAUGUUUAAGAGAUUGUUCCUUGUGUUUCUAAUUUUAAUUCCUACUUAAUUUCUCCAAGCUACCCCCAGAAUAGGGUGUUCUUUCUGUGACACGUGGCCAUGGAGCCUUUUUUUUUUUCUU